GCCAUUUCUAUCGGUUACAGGUUCUCAUGCCUUGUAGUGCGCUGGGACAAUGAGCUAUGACUACCAUCAGAACUGGGGCCGCGAUGGUGGGCCCCGAAGCUCCGGCGGGAGCUGUGGAGGAAGUCACGGAGGUGGCCACGGAGGGAACCGAGGCUCCGGAGGCGGCGGCGGCGGAGGAGGGGGUGGUCGAGGAGGCCGGGGCCGACAUCCCGGACACCUGAAAGGCCGCGAAAUCGGCUUGUGGUACGCGAAGAAACAGGGGCAGAAGAACAAGGAAGCCGAGAGGCAGGAGAGAGCCGUGGUGCACAUGGACGAACACCGAGAAGAGCAGAUCGUGCAGCUCCUGCACUCUGUCCAAGCUAAGAAUGAGAAGGAUUCGGAGUCACAGAUAUCCUGGUUUGCUCCUGAGGAUCAUGGAUACGGUACUGAAGCUCCUGCUGAAAACAAACCACACUCAGAGAAGAAGUUUGAGGAUCAGGAAAAAAAAUUGAUAAAUCAAGAAAAGAGGACAUUUAGAAUCAGGGACAAAUAUAUUGACCGAGAUUCUGAGUAUCUCUUGCAAGAAAAUAAACCAGAUGUCACUGUAGACCAACAGUUAUUGGAAGAUUUACAAAAGAAAAAAACUGACCCUCGGUAUAUUGAAAUGCAGCAUUUCAGGGAAAAGCUGCCUUCAUUUGGAAUGCAAAAGGAAUUGGUAAAUAUGAUUGAUAAUAACCAGGUGACGGUAAUUAGUGGUGAAACUGGCUGUGGAAAAACCACUCAGGUUACCCAGUUCAUUUUGGAUAAUUACAUUGAAAGAGGCAAAGGAUCUGCGUGCAGGAUAGUUUGUACUCAGCCCAGAAGAAUCAGCGCCAUUUCAGUUGCAGAGAGAGUGGCUGCAGAAAGGGCAGAAUCUUGUGGCAGUGGUAAUAGUACUGGAUACCAAAUUCGUCUCCAGAGCCGGUUGCCAAGGAAACAGGGUUCUAUCUUAUACUGUACAACAGGAAUCAUUCUUCAGUGGCUCCAGUCAGACCCACAUUUGUCCAGUGUCAGCCACAUCGUGCUCGAUGAAAUCCAUGAGAGAAAUCUGCAGUCGGACGUCCUCAUGACUGUCGUUAAAGAUCUUCUCAGUUACCGACCUGACCUGAAGGUCAUACUGAUGAGUGCGACUCUGAAUGCUGAGAAAUUUUCGGAAUAUUUUGGUAACUGUCCAAUGAUACACAUACCUGGUUUUACUUUUCCGGUUGUGGAGUAUCUUUUGGAAGAUAUAAUUGAAAAAAUAAGAUAUGUUCCAGAACAAAAAGAACACAGAUCCCAGUUUAAGAGGAGUUUCAUGCAAGGGCAUGUAAAUAGACAAGAAAAAGAAGAAAAAGAAGCAAUCUAUAAAGAUCGCUGGCCAGAUUACAUAAGGGAACUGCAGAAAAGGUAUUCUGCAAGUACCGUAGAUGUUAUAGAAAUGAUGGAUGAUGAUAAAGUUGAUCUGAAUUUGAUUGCUGCCCUUAUUCGAUACAUUGUUUUGGAAGAAGAGGAUGGUGCAAUAUUGGUCUUUCUACCAGGCUGGGACAAUAUCAGCACUUUACAUGAUCUCUUGAUGUCACAAGUGAUGUUUAAAUCAGACAAGUUUCUUAUUAUACCUUUACAUUCACUGAUGCCUACAGUUAACCAGACGCAGGUAUUUAAAAGAACCCCUCCUGGUGUUCGGAAAAUAGUGAUUGCUACCAACAUCGCAGAGACCAGCAUCACCAUAGAUGAUGUAGUUUAUGUGAUAGAUGGAGGAAAAAUAAAGGAGACACACUUUGACACGCAGAACAACAUCAGUACAAUGUCUGCUGAGUGGGUCAGUAAAGCCAAUGCCAAACAGAGGAAAGGUCGAGCUGGAAGAGUUCAACCUGGCCAUUGCUAUCAUCUGUAUAAUGGUCUCCGAGCAAGCCUUCUAGAGGACUAUCAGCUGCCAGAGAUCUUGAGAACUCCUUUGGAAGAACUUUGUUUACAAAUAAAGAUCUUACGGCUUGGUGGGAUUGCUCAUUUUCUGAGCAGGUUGAUGGACCCACCAUCAAAUGAAGCAGUGUCACUCUCCAUAAAACACCUGAUGGAACUGAACGCUUUGGAUAAAGAAGAAGAAUUGACACCUCUUGGAGUCCAUUUAGCACGAUUACCAGUUGAGCCACACAUUGGAAAGAUGAUUCUUUUUGGAGCUCUGUUCUGUUGCUUAGACCCAGUACUUACCAUUGCUGCUAGUCUCAGCUUCAAGGAUCCCUUUGUCAUUCCAUUGGGGAAAGAAAAGGUUGCAGAUGCAAGAAGAAAGGAAUUGGCAAAGGAUUCUAAAAGUGACCAUCUGACAGUAGUGAAUGCGUUUGAGGGCUGGGAAGAAGCUAGGCGACGUGGUUACAGAUAUGAAAAAGACUAUUGCUGGGAAUAUUUUCUGUCUUCAAACACAUUGCAGAUGCUGCAUAACAUGAAGGGGCAGUUUGCUGAGCAUCUCCUUGGAGCGGGAUUUGUAAACAGUAGAAACCCCAAGGAUCCAAAAUCUAAUAUAAAUUCAGAUAAUGAGAAGAUAAUUAAAGCUGUCAUCUGUGCUGGUUUAUAUCCCAAAGUUGCUAAAAUUCGACUAAAUUUGGGUAAAAAAAGAAAAAUGGUGAAAGUUUACACAAAAAAUGAUGGACUCGUUUCUAUUCAUCCUAAGUCCGUUAAUGUGGAGCAGACAGAUUUUCACUACAACUGGCUUAUCUAUCACCUAAAGAUGAGAACGAGUAGUAUAUACUUGUAUGACUGCACAGAGGUCUCCCCGUACUGCCUCCUGUUCUUCGGAGGAGACAUUUCCAUCCAGAAGGAUAAUGACCAGGAAACGAUUGCCGUCGACGAAUGGAUCGUCUUUCAGUCCCCAGCAAGAAUUGCCCAUCUCGUUAAGGAAUUAAGAAAGGAACUAGAUACCCUUCUGCAGGAGAAGAUUGAAAGUCCCCAUCCUGUAGACUGGAAGGACACGAAAUCCAGAGACUGCGCAGUGCUCUCAGCUAUUACAGACUUGAUCAAAACACAGGGAAAAACCACUUCCAGGAACUUGCCGCCACGAUUGCAGGAUGGAUAUUAUAGCUGACAGCUUUUCUGUGGCGGUCUGAAAAGCCAACUUGAUGGCGAUUUUCCACCAUAGCUUAGCUUUUGGCUAAAGGCCAAACCCUGGGACGUGAAUAAUUGUCAUGUGUAAGGUGGGCACCUUUAGUAGGCAGUGAAGACUUACUGUGCAUGAGUUAGCUGUGUUACCUGUAGCUGUUAUAAAUACACCAUAAAAAACAAUGUGCUCUCUGAUCACACACUGUUGUGGUCACGGCCACACUUUGAGUAUUUCUAUUAUGUGUAUUGAGUGUUGCACCACUUGAGAAGUUCCUUUGUUCUAAGAAACUGAUUUUUCUGCCCAUAAUGAGUAGUGAGUAUAGAACCAGUAAAAGUCGAAUGCUUAGCCAAAAAUCAGUGUCAAGUAGGAAUUUGAACACAGCCACAUUUUUUAAACGAAAAAUCUAUCAGAGGUUCAUUUGUUCUAAUAAAACGCAGUAUUUAAUAAAAUGUACUGUGUAUAAAUCUCAGCUAAAUUUUUGGCUUGAUUUCUACACCUCCAGCGCCCCCCUCGGCUUACUCGGCUUGCAGUCUCUGCAGACUGUUCACGCCCUUUUCCACCACGUUGUGCAGUGCAGUGGAGCAGCUGGCAACCUGGGCGCGUGGGUCCGACCCCGAGUUCAGGCUCAGCUCGCACUUUCCAGACGUUUGGGGCCAGUUACUCUGCUUCUGUUUACAUUUCCUUAUCUGGAAAGUAUAGUAACAAUUUUAAGGAUUAAAUGUAUUAAUGUACACAUAGUGCCUGGCAUGUAGAGUAGACUCACUGAAUCUUUACUAUUCGUCCCUGAAAUGUUUUUUAUUAGUCCAUUCUAUGAUACUUUUUUUUUUUAAAUACUCCGUGCUCUUUUAUCCUCUUGGCCAGUGGAAGUUAGUGUGAUACGUAGUGAAUGUAAUGAGCCCUACCUGGCUGUGACGAGUACUGGUUAUUAAUCCAACAGCCGUCUUGCCCCUCCCUCCUUGUUUGUUCAAGUUCUCCCCCACUCUGCGGCCUUGUGCCCGGGAAGUCAGUCCUUGCACGAUCUCGCUCCCCACGUAAGUAAACUGACAAGGCGUGGCUAUGUGAGCCUAUCCUGGGCAGUGGCAACUGAAAAGAGACCUGCAAAGGGCAUCUGGGAAAGAUUUUCUCCACUAAGAGACUUAGAAGAGGAAAUUGUGCUCUCCAUCUUCAGAGAUUGUCUUGUCUGAAUCAGGACUGCUGUCACCGUUUUGUGGUCCCAAGGUUAGCUCAGUGGGACGGGUGAAAUCCUCCGUCCUGGAUAGUGCUGAGCUGCAGAAUUGUCCAGACUGCCUUUCCUGUACAGAGACACGGGAAACCUGUCGUUGAAAUACAAACUGCUCGUCACUGAGCACUGUUUGCUGAAUGUCUUUUUCUAGUUAUUCUGUGAUUUAACGGUUUGAUCCAUAUGUUUUGAUAAAAGAUACAAAAGUACUGGAUAUACUGGACAAAGAAACAUAUCAAGACCAACCUGCUGUACCCUAAAAGCUACACAUUUUAUUGUGCCUUCCAAUAUAUGCAAAGAAACCAAAGGAAAAGAGUAUCUUGCGACAACUGGGAUUUACUGAGAGUGCCGAAAUGAUCCGCUGACAGCACCGGUUCAGGUCCUGCUCUACUUUGGGAGUGUGUGUCGGCAGUCUGCCGUCGCCUUCCGGGUGUCGAAGGUCCCCUGUGCCCCAAGUCCAUCCUUUCAGCUGGUCUCUCAAAAGUGACCUGCCUCUCACUGAAUGCUUACAUUCAGUCAUGUCACAGUGUUGUAGCACGUUGGUUUUGCCCCUAAACUUGAGGUGACCAUUAGGUCCUUGUUCUAAAGAGGGUGACUUGUUUUUGUUUUUGUUUUGCUUUUUUUAUACACAGUUGGCCAAAAUGGUCUUGGCAGAAAGCAUUUUUAAAAAUCUGUUAAAACACGAUUACUAGUUAAUUAUUUCCAUGUUUGCAAACCAAUAUUGAGUCUCCUUAUAUAUGAGGAAAGUGUUCCUGAUGAAUUGUUUAAUAGAUGAGCUAUUCAAAGAGAUUAAGUGAUUAUCACCCCCAGUUUGUGGCUUCUCUGCAGCCAAUCAGGAAGGAAGUUUUGAUUGAAGGUGCUAUUUUUGUUCUGUUUUUUGUUGUUGUUGUUUACAAAAUAGCGUGUUACUGGGUUGAAAAUGUAUUCCCGGUCUGAGAACUAUUUGUCAUUUGGCAAUUUUAAAGAAUAAGGCAUUAAAGAAGAAAAUCUGUUUGCCUUACCAUUUUGAGUGAUCCAAGGAUAACUCUUAAACAGAGAACCCUGAAACAAACUAUCGGGGGGGAAAAAAGGAAACAAAAAACUGGAUAAUCGUUAAAAAGUGUCUAAGGAGUGAGUCCAUGUGACACCUUCCAACUUAAUUGAGUAGGGCAAAGCUCUGGAUUUAUUUAUACCAGCGACUUCAGACUUUUCCAUCUCAUGGCGUAUAUAAACUACUAAAAUUCUGUGCACACCAAAAAAAUUUUUAAACCCACUGACCCCCAAAAUAGGUACAAUUUUGAUUCAUUCACACCAGAAAGCUAUUGUGUUGGCUGUUCUUUUUUUUUUUUAACAAUUCAGAGGAAGGUGUCAGUGCUCCUAAGUAGGUAUUACAAAUCUUAAAAAUCUUGUGGCUCACCAGUUGAAAAUUGCUGAUGAUACCAAUUAUUACAAUUUAUUUUCUCUUGCUGCAACCGCAUUUUAGAAACAGUCCACCCUAAAAGUUAGAAAUUAUAGAAAAGCUUUAGGAUUUUAUUUUAGUACCCUCUUAUCUGAAGUAAAUGAUAAUUUUCCUUCCACUUGUUAGCUCUGCGUUUGCAUAUAUUUCUAAGCACUAGCGAUGGAUCAUGUGGUAGAAUCAUAUUUAUAAUAUGUUGUUUUUAAAUAGCAUUUUUCUGAUUUUAAAACAAUAUAUUCUCAUUACAGGCUAUUUAGAAAUUUAACAAGCAUUUUACCCAUUUUGAUAUAUCUACAUACUCUUAUGUAUUAAGGUAUUAUAUAUUAAAAUUAGCCAAUUUAAGUAUAUGAUUCUGUGAUUUUUGUCAAAUGUAUGACAGUCAUGUAAUUGCUGCCACCAGAAUCUUGAUACAAAACAUUCCCGUCACCUAAAAAAUUUUCUUCUUUCUGUGGUCAAUCCCCUGCUGCCCCCCAGCCCUGCCCCCCAGCUCUCCAUUGGCACCCAUUGAUCUGCUUUUGGUCAUGAGUGUUUUGCCUUUUCUAGAAUUUCAAAUAAAUGGAGCCAUGUGUAGCCGCUUGUGUCUGGCUUCUCUAAACAAUGGUUUUGAGAUAGAUGUUGUUGCAUGUAUCAGUGAUCCGCUCUUUUUUUAAUGUUCAGUAGAAUUGCAUUGUGUGAUUGUACCAGUUUGUUUAUUCCCUCACCACUUGAUGGGCCUUUGAGUCAUGUUCAGUUUUUUAUUUACUCUUAUAAAUAAAGCUGCUAUGAACAUGUA